UUUUUGAAGUAGCAUCCGAUGUAUUAUAUAAAUAAAAUUUAAGAAGAAUCUAGAUGAGUAGAUCUAGAUUAGGAUUAGAUGAUCUAGAAUCUUUCUAGAUCUCUAGAUUCUAGACUAGUCACUAGUCUAUAUAAUAAUUAUAUUCUAAUAUUAGAAAUACUACUUACUUCUAUACUAAUACUAUACUAUCACCUGUCGUAUCAUGAUCAUAUGAAUCAUGACAUUCAUGAUCAUACCAUAAAAGGUGUACCAAUACAAUAUAUAUAUAGAGAGAGUCUAGUCUUAUAGAUCUGGAUCAAUAUAAUGUGAAAUUAGUGGAAUAGAAGGCAUUUAGAGUUUAGUCAAUAAUGUAUAAAAUGUAUUGAUACAGCAUUAAUAACUAUUGUGAUUAAGACUUAAUGAGUUUAAUGACACUUGAUAAUAAAAAUAACAUUUCUAGAAUCUAGAUAUCUAGAUCAAGAAUCUAAAUCUAGAAAGAUUCUAGAUAAUGAUAAGUACAUUUCUAAAUCUAGUCACUCUAUAAUCUAGUAUAUAUCUCUAGAGAAUCUAGAGUUUCGAGACAUACAUGACUAUGGAAUGGAUAGAUCUAUAAAACAACUGAUGGCCACAUUUCAUAAAACAUUAAGGAAGCACAUUUUCCUUCACCCAGCUGAUUUGAAAAGAAAGUAUCAUGCAGUGAAGUCAACUCUUCUCAGAGACAAACAGAAAUAUUCAGACAGAUUGGAAGGUGCUUUGCUAGAUGUGGACAACUUGAAAAUUGUGGGUGACCGUCAUCUUAUAGUGGAGGGCUAUCAUAGUAUGGAGGUCAUAGCAGACUUUCACGUUUUUAGUCCUAGGCCUGGUCAAGUGCUUGAAGGUGUCAUAAAUAAGUGCAGUAAAAGUCACAUUGGAUGUCUUGUGUUGAAUACAUUUAAUGCUGCAUUGACCCAACCUCCAUCUAGUGACCUGAUGCCUGCCCUAGGAAGUAGUUGUAGUUUCUGUGUAACAGAAGUUGUAGUGGAUGGGGAACUCUUGUUUAUCAGAGGAAGUCUGAAAAGUGUCACUCCCAAUGAAGAUAUCAAACCAGAGGUCAAUCACUUCAAGGUAGAAGCAGAUGAAUAUGAAGUUCCUGAGUCUAAGGUGGAUCUGCUGACUAACGCUGACCACUCCAGGCUCCCCAUGUUACCCCAUCCUACAGUGGACACAACAGAACUGAGCAGCCCUAAAAAGUCCAAGCACAAAGUGAUAGUGAAAGAAGAAAUCUGUGAAGAAAGUUUGGAAAGUCCUUCAGGCCAGAAGAAAAGAAAAUAUCACAGCAUGUCUCCAGAGUCACCCACACACAAGAAACGGGCCAAAUUAAGUUUAUCUUUCAAUGCUGUUUAAAUUUGUUUUCUUAAUUUAAUGCUAUCCAAAUGUUUUUUUAUUUCAUAAGUCCUUGGGAUUAAACAUUCAACAACUUG